AUGACAGCUGUUGAAUCCCAAAUGACAUACACCAACUCCUAUUCCAUCCAACAUGAGGAGACCUACAUGUCUCAGGAGGAGGAUUGGGACCGGGACCUGCUGCUGGACCCAGCCUGGGAGAAGCAACAGAGGAAGACCUUCACAGCUUGGUGCAACUCCCACUUAAGGAAAGCUGGGACACAGAUCGAGAACAUUGAAGAGGAUUUCAGAAAUGGCCUCAAGCUCAUGCUGCUGCUGGAGGUCAUAUCAGGGGAAAGGCUGCCUAAACCCGACAAAGGCAAGAUGCGCUUCCAUAAGAUCGCCAACGUGAACAAAGCUCUGGACUUCAUCUGCAGCAAAGGAGUCAAACUGGUGUCGAUCGGAGCAGAAGAGAUCGUCGACGGUAACGUGAAGAUGACUCUCGGAAUGAUCUGGACCAUCAUCCUGCGCUUUGCCAUCCAGGACAUCUCUGUGGAAGAGACCUCUGCAAAGGAGGGUCUGCUGCUGUGGUGCCAGAGGAAGACUGCCCCCUACAGGAACGUCAACGUGCAGAACUUCCACAUCAGCUGGAAGGAUGGCCUGGCCCUGUGUGCCCUCAUCCACAGACACAGACCUGACCUCAUCGACUACUCCAAACUGAGAAAGGAUGACCCCAUCGGAAACCUGAACACCGCCUUUGAGGUGGCCGAGAAGUUCCUGGACAUUCCCAGGAUGCUUGAUGCUGAAGAUAUUGUGAACACACCUAAACCUGAUGAGAAGGCCAUCAUGACCUACGUGUCCUGCUUCUAUCACGCCUUCGCUGGAGCGGAGCAGGCUGAGACUGCUGCCAACCGGAUCUGCAAGGUGCUGGCCGUCAACCAGGAGAAUGAGAAACUCAUGGAGGAGUACGAGAAGCUGGCCAGCGAGCUGCUGGAGUGGAUCCGCCGCACCAUCCCCUGGCUGGAGAACCGCGUGGCCGAGCAGACCAUGCGGGCCAUGCAGCAGAAGCUGGAGGACUUCCGUGACUACCGCCGGGUCCACAAGCCUCCGCGUGUGCAGGAGAAGUGUCAGCUGGAGAUCAACUUCAACACCCUGCAGACCAAGCUGAGGCUCAGCAACCGGCCCGCCUUCAUGCCCUCCGAGGGCAAGAUGGUGUCGGAUAUUGCAAACGCCUGGAAGGGCCUGGAGCAGGUGGAAAAGGGCUACGAGGAGUGGCUGCUGACGGAGAUUCGCCGUCUGGAGAGACUCGAUCAUUUGGCUGAGAAGUUCAAGCAGAAGUGUGCCAUGCAUGAGGCCUGGACUUCAGGUAAAGAGGACCUGCUGUCCCAGAAGGAUUACGAGUCUGCGUCUCUGAUGGAGAUCAGAGCCUUGAUGAGGAAGCACGAGGCCUUCGAGAGCGACCUGGCCGCUCACCAGGACAGAGUGGAGCAGAUCGCCGCCAUCGCUCAGGAGCUGAAUGAGCUGGAUUACCAUGAUGCCGCAACCGUCAACGCCCGCUGCCAGGGCAUCUGCGACCAGUGGGACAACCUGGGCACCCUCACCCAGAAGAGGAGGGACUCACUGGAGCGUGUGGAGAAGCUGUGGGAGACCAUCGACCAGCUGUACCUGGAGUUCGCCAAGAGGGCGGCGCCCUUUAACAACUGGAUGGACGGAGCCAUGGAGGAUCUGCAGGACAUGUUCAUUGUCCACAGCAUUGAAGAGAUCCAGAGUUUGAUCACAGCUCACGAUCAGUUCAAGGCCACGCUGCCCGAGGCUGACAAGGAGCGCAUGGCCACCUUGGGCAUCCACACCGAGAUCCUGAAGAUCGCUCAGACCUACGGCAUCAAGCUGUCGGGAAUCAACCCCUACACCAACCUGAGCCCGCAGGACAUCUCCAACAAGUGGGACACUGUGAAGCACCUUGUGCCCCUCAGAGACCAAAUGCUCCAGGAGGAGGUUGCCCGGCAGCAGGCCAACGAGAGACUCAGGCGCCAGUUUGCCGCACAAGCCAACAUCAUCGGGCCAUGGAUCCAAACCAAGAUGGAGGAGAUCAGCCACGUGUCUGUGGACAUCGCCGGCUCCCUGGAGGAGCAGAUGAACAGCCUGAAGCAGUACGAGCAGAACAUCAUCAACUACAAAUCCAACAUCGACAAGCUGGAGGGAGACCACCAGCUCAGCCAGGAGUCCCUCAUCUUCGACAACAAGCACACCAACUACACCAUGGAGCACGUCCGCGUGGGCUGGGAGCAGCUGCUCACCACCAUCGCCAGAACCAUCAACGAGGUGGAGAACCAGAUCCUGACCCGCGACGCCAAAGGCAUCAGCCAGGAGCAGCUCAACGAGUUCAGGGCCUCCUUCAACCACUUCGACAGGAAGAGAAACGGCAUGAUGGACCCAGACGACUUCCGCGCCUGUCUCAUCUCCAUGGGUUACGAUCUGGGUGAGGUGGAGUUCGCUCGCAUCAUGACCCUGGUAGACCCCAACAACACCGGCGUUGUAACCUUCCAAGCCUUCAUUGACUUCAUGACCCGAGAGACCGCCGAAACCGACACCGCAGAACAGGUCAUGGCGUCCUUCAAGAUUCUGGCCUCAGAUAAGAACUACAUCACAGUGGACGAGCUGCGCCGGGAGUUGCCUCCAGAGCAGGCCGAGUACUGCAUCAGCCGCAUGACCAGAUACGUCGGGCCCGAAGCCCCCCCUGGCGCCCUGGAUUACAUCUCCUUCUCCAGCGCCCUCUACGGAGAGAGCGACUUAUAA